GUAAAAAAGUAUACGCCCUCAAAGAUCACCUGAUUUACCUGAAGCCUGAAGCCAUGUACUGAACCUGUACCUGAAAAUAACCAAAACUUGACAAAUUGUAUGUCAAUGUAUGUUUGCUAACAUUUGGUGACCUUUUAGGAAGAGAUGUAUUUAUACUGAGAUUUCACACACGCUUCAGUAUUAUGGGCUAUUGUUAUGACAUAAAAUCUCAGUUAAGCCUAAUUCAGCUCUAAGUUGAUACACUGCAAUAAAUGGAACAGAUCAACAGGAAAUCUAUCUUCUCUUCAACAAUUCUUAAAUACAAAUGUUUUGACAGAAUUGUAAAUGUGAAAGUUACAUGGCGGGUGUAAUAAAUUUGGGCACUAAUACAGCCAUGGCAAGUGAAUCCUCACCAAAGGCUCCAGAUCGAAAGAUUGUACUGCAGGGAAAAGCUGGCGCUAGAAAGAACAGAGUAGCCAGGUUCAUCCUGGGAGACACAACGCUGAAUGAAGAGAGUGAAGAGUGUCUUUUACAUGAAGGUGAACAUGCAGGAAGGAGGAUCUGCAUCGUGAAUACACCAGGAUGGGACAGAGUUUCUAUAGAGUGCACUACAGGGAAAAUUAAAAAAGAAAUCGUCCGAAGUGUGACACUUUGUCCUCCAGGUCCACAUGCUCUGGUUCUGGUGUUGCCCGUAAACGCUGAUGAUGAACUAUCUGUAAAUGAACUUAAAUCAGCAAGUCGACACAUGGAGCUGCUCUCUGAGAGGGUCUGGAAUCACACUGUGGUGCUUUUCCUGUGUGAAAGAGAUGUGGAGGAAUCCACAAUCAAUGAACACAUUCAUAAAGCAGAAAAACUCCUGGAAAAGUGCAGAGGCAGACACUGUGUUAUGCGUCUGAGUGACUCUGAAGCCCAGGUCCAUGGACUUCUUAAAGAGAUAGACGACAUGGUGAAAGAAAAUGCUAGUGAUAGCUUCCAGCCACAGGUUUCUGAUGAACUGAUGCGGAGCAAAAUGUCAUGCAAAGAGGAUACACAAAAGAAAACGAAUAAACAGCAGAGUGAAGAAAAAGUAGAAGAGAAACAUGAUCUUAGGAAGAGACGUGGAAGCCUCCAAGGGUUACUUCCUAAUAUGACUACAGACACAGAAGAUUCAGAAAGGCAAAGAGAGAGAACUGAGGCCAAAAAGAACAUAAAUCAGGACCAGUUGCCGUGGAAUUAUCUCAAACCCGUAGUAGUGAUCCUAAUGUCCUUCAUGGGUGCUCUUAUAGGCUCAGUGGCAGGAGCCCAGAAUGGAACAAUGGGGGCAGCUGUGGGGAUUGUCAUUGUAUUUGUUUCACUACUGCUCAUUAGUUUGUGUCUGGUCAGUCUAGUACAAUAGUCAAGAUACAUGAAAUAAAUAUUGAUUCUGUCUGUCUUCUUUAAAUUGUACACUGCUAUUGCUGGGAUUGAGCAUUAUGUUUUUGCAUCAUGUGUGAAGUGACUGUCUGUGUGUGUAGCUACUGUGGUAGCAAAUCAAUAAUAUAUUACUGUCAUUCAUGUUUUCCAUAUUUUAAAAAAUAUCUAAUAUCUAAUAUCUAACAUUUCAGUAGAGAUCUAGCAUGGAAAUGCAAAAAAUAAUAUAUGCUUAUAUUGUUGGAGCUGAUGACACUUAAAAUUUGUACUUUGAUGUAAAGGUGAUGUAUUUUUUUUUUAUACCUUUUUGUACCUCAGGUUGCCUACAUCUGCUCACUUAUUAAAUAGCGUAUUGAUAACAUAAGAAGAGGUAUUUUAACCCUGUAAUAACCAAAUAUAGAAAAAAAUUUGCAACAUUUUUUGACCUCUCAGAUAUUGUUUAAGGGGACCUCUGAUGUAGAAAUGAAAGAUUUUUCAAAUUUUUUACAUUUUAGUACGUUUUUAGGGAAAUGUAAUAUUGCAACGUUGGCAACAUUUUAUUAUGAAUAAGAAAUUAUUAAUACAUUUUUUUUUUUUUAAAUCUGUUUUAUUAAACUUUUUCUUCUAU